AAUCUCAAGGACGGCACCGAAACCGCACCGAGCGCGGAAGCUUCCGUUCCACCUCCUCCGAUUCCCACCGCCGCCGCCGUCGGCGCAGGCGCGAGGAGGAGAGGAGAGGGGGGCUGCGUCGGCUGCGGGCCUGCGGCGUGGGGUGGGGGUGGGGGUGCAUCCGCAUCGGCGUCCCGUGUCUGAUCCGAGCGGGUGGGGGGGUGCCGCCGCGUCGCGAGGAGGGUGGAGAUGAGGCGGCCGCACACGGGGUGCGGCAGAUCCAGCACGGCCGCUUUCCUCCUCGCCGCCGCGGCGAUCUGCGUCCAGUUCGCGACAGGGUUAGCUGGUGAUACUGAUAAGAAAGCUGAAGCUCAGUCAAAAGGUCAUACUGGGCAAACAGUUUUAUUUGUCCUGCUAGGGGUUGGAGCAGUCUUCCUGGUGUCAUUUUUGCUUUUCAAGUAUUGGCAGAAGAAGAAAAGAGAGGAACAACAUGCACGCCUUCUGAAGCUAUUUGAAGAGGACGAUGACAUUGAGGUUGAGCUUGGUCUUAGAGAUUGAUAAUCUCCAUUGUACAGCAAGAGUAUCUUGGCUGACAAGGUUUUCCUGGCUGGUCCUCACAGAAUUUUCAUGUUAUUGUAAAGAAUUUAUUGUACUUAAACCCAACAGGUCUCCUUAGAAAGACCUACUGUAUUUUAGUUUUAUGUGGUGAGUGUCCUGGCAUCCA